CGCGUGUUUUUCAGCUAGUGGCAUUGAGGCCAGUAGUCUGUCGAUAACAACGCGAGUCCGCGAGCGAAAGUCCAAAGCGAAUUCGCUCGACUCCUCUUUCUCGAUCGCUCUCUCGAUCCUCAACACGAUCUUGUCUCACCCGAGUCGAUCUCUUUAAGUCACGAUGCCGAAAAAGAUACAAACGUUCGAUUUUCUCAUUAAAAAUCUUCCAAUUUUUCAAAUUCAAUGACAAUACGCAGUUUUUUUCUCGAUUUUGAGAAUUUUCCUCCUUGAAAUUUUAUAUCUUAGCGCGAGAAGGGGAAAUAUAUUCGCGUGAAAAAUGAAAGCGCGUGAUCGUACGUGAAUUUUAUUCCUGGAGAAAAAGCUUUCUAAUUAUCGUGAAUAAUCGAUCCAUGUGGUUGUGGUAACGGACAAUGAAUCUCGAAAGUGGCUCGUCUUUGUGAAACUUGAGUUUGUGAAUUGAACGAGUUUGGAAGAAGUUGUGGAAAGAGGGAGAUCAGAUGUUUUGAGAGUCAAGAGAGUGUGCUUUCGACAUGUUUUGGAUGAAGAAAGUAUAAUGAAAUUCUCGUGCUUUCCAACGCCAAGUAUCCUCGGACAGAGGGGUAGUAUCAAUCUGAUUUCUCUGUCCAGGAAUGACGAAUCAAACGCGAUCAGUAACGGAAAUGUGAAAAGUCCAGUGGUAACAAGUUAUAGACAAUCAGGUGAACCAGAUCUGAGUCAUGGUGUGAUACGUUCCUUACCUGGUGUUACAAUAUUUAAUGGAACUGGACCUCCUGUACAUACCAAAGGCAAGGCACCAUCACCACCACGACAGAAUCAUAGUCUCCUUUCCAUAAAGCAAGAGCAGGAAAAUGCCAGAAUUUCGGAUGUUCAACCUGCAAAUCCCAGAGGUGGUAUUAUCGGCAGAACUCCGACGCCACCCUCUGCACCGAGUCCUGUUUACGAAAAAAAUGAAAAGAGUAGACAACAAAUUACAAAAGCUAUUUUGGAGAAUGAAUUCCUUGGUAAUCUUGAAGAAAACCAGGUGGAAGCGUUAGUUUCCGCUAUGUAUUCGAAACAAAUACCACCAAAUACUUUAGUGAUUCAAGAAGGAGAUAUUGGAUCGCAUCUUUACGUCUCAGCGGAAGGAGAAUUUGAUAUCUAUGAGGGCAACAAGUUCCAAAGAACUUUUGGACCUGGUGUCGCAUUUGGAGAGAUUGCCUUAUUGUACAACACUAUGAGACUUCGAUCCAUCAAGGUAAAGAAGGGUGGAAAAGUAUGGGUACUCGAUCGAUCCGUGUUCCUCACGGUAAUGAUGAAAUCAGCCCAGGAAAGGUUGGAAGGAAACAUUCGAUUUCUUCAACGAGUUUCCGUUCUCCAAAAAUUACCCGAGCCUAAAGAUCACGUCUUGGCUAAAAUUUCUGAUCUCAUUCGUGUGGAAUUCUUCCCUGCUGACACAAAAAUAGUUCGGCAAGGAGAAAAGGGUGAAAAGUUUUACAUAAUCAGCGGUGGAAACGUCAGAAUAACAAAAGAUACCGAAAAUGGUAUAGAAGAAGAGUUGGUGGUUCUUGGAAAGGGUCAAUAUUUCGGAGAAUUAGCUAUUUACGAUGAUGCUGGUGAAAAUCGACGACAUGCCAAUGCGAUUGCACUGGCCCCUGGUGUCGAAUGUUUAACAUUGGACCGAAAUUCCUUCCUGAAUUAUUUGGGUGGUCUCGACGAAAUACGUAAUAAGGACUGGUUAGCAGAAUAUGAGAAGCAGAAACGAUCAUUGACGUUUAAAAAAUGGUCUCACGAAUACUCAAACAUCACUUUAGCCGAUUUAGAAACUAAAGGUACCUUGGGAGUCGGUGGAUUUGGUCGAGUCGAUUUAGUCACUUUAAAAUCUGAUUCUGAAAAGAGUUUCGCGCUGAAGAAACUGAAGAAAAAAGUGAUGGUCGAACAACAACAGCAAGAACAUGUUUUGAAUGAGAAACAUAUUAUGCAGGCCUGUGAUUCUCCGUUCAUAUGCAAACUCUAUCAAACAUAUAAGGACACCAAAUACGUAUACUUCCUGAUGGAAGUUUGUCUAGGUGGAGACGUAUGGACAACUCUUCAAAGAAGACGAUUCUUUGACGAUGCAACUGCACAAUUCAUGGUGGGAUGCGUGGUGGAAGCUCUCGAUCAUCUUCAUUCGAUGAACAUUGUUUAUCGAGAUUUAAAACCAGAGAAUCUUAUGCUUGAUAUUCGUGGAUAUUUGAAAUUGGUUGAUUUUGGAUUCAGUAAAAAGAUUGGACCAUCCAAAACAUGGACAUUUGCUGGUACACCUGAAUAUGUAGCGCCAGAGAUUAUUUUGAACAGAGGCCACGAUAGAGCGGUGGAUUAUUGGGCUCUGGGAAUUCUAAUUCACGAAUUAUUGAUCGGUAAGCCACCUUUCCGAGGUUCUGAUCACAUGACCAUUUACAACAAAAUUGUAAAAGGUAUCGAAGUAGUUGGAAUACCAAAUACCAUUAAUAAAAAUGCAAACAAUUUAAUCAAAAAACUUCUUCGUCUAAAUCCUUCUGAACGUCUUGGAUACCAAAGAAAUGGUAUCCAAGACAUUCGAGAUCACAAAUGGUUCCAUGGAUUUAAUUGGAAUGCUUUGCAAAAAUUGACUUUACCGGCGCCAAUCGUUCCAACGGUGCGAAGUCGAAUUGACACGAGAAAUUUCGAGAGAUAUCCUCCAGAUCGUAAUAUUCCACCAGAUGAGUUCUCCGGAUGGGACGAAAAUUUCUAAAAGAAAAAGAAUUUAUGCAAUAAUCAGUUGAAUACAAUCUGUUAAUUGAAUGAAUAAUAAGAAUAGCAAAAUUGCAAAAAAAAAAAAAUACAUGAAACUUAUUUUGAAAUUUAAAAAAUUAUAUCAUGUAUCUAAUCAAGAUCUAUUAGAUACAUGUGUAAAUUAAUAAUUUCCUAUUUAUAUCUAUUAAUCUAUUCGAAAUAUAAUAUACAUAUAUAUAUAUAUAUGUUUUAAUUAUUUUAAUUUUUUAAAAUAUAAUUAAUUACCGUAUAGUAUGAAUAUUCAAGGCUUGUAGAGUAUUAAGAGUAUUAAAAAAUUAAUAAAAUGAUACUCUGAUUGACAAUAAUAUAAUCAUGAUAAUUUUAAUGUUAUUAAUUAAUAAUAAAUUUAUACAUAAAUUGCUAAGUU